CAUCACUCUGCGCACUUCACUCUCAUCAUAUCCACCACCACCGCCCAGCCUCUUCUCCUUCUUCUGGGACCUCGCCCCACGCCUUAUAGUACACUUUCAGCCUACAUCUCGUACGAGGCACAGCUGCCGUGUUCUCGUCGUGUACGGUGUGGGCGUUCUCUCUUCUUUGUGAGUGUGCGUGCGUCCCUCUCUACUCUCCUUCUUUCUCUCCGUGCGUGCCUUUGUAAUUCUAUUCCUUCGUCCGGCCUAAUUUUUUUUUCACUUUCUCUCCUGCACGGGGCGGCGUGGGAUCCGUUUCAGCCUUCUUUCUUGUUUGUUUGCUUCUUCUUGGACACUGCUCUUUUCAUCUGGGCCGUGUCCGUCACGCACGCGCGCGCAUCCCCGAACCGUCCCGUUCCCCACGCGAGCAAACUCUCGACGUACCUUUUCUUGGCUCCGUGCUUCCGGCCCGCGUGGGAAUAAUCAAGAACAAGAGGAAGAGAGAUAGAGAGGCCAAGAUUGUGCCGACAUCCCGAGCGUGCAGUUCGCUCGUGAGCCUCGCAAUUGCGGCCCUGCCGAAACAAAUCCGGGGCGAAGCUUUGUUUCAGCGAGCCGACGCGGGAGAAGGGCAGCGAGCAGGAGGCAGCGUGGCAACGGGCUUCGGUCGACGCCCUCUCCGGAUACUUUCUAUUUCGCACUGGUCGGAGCCAUGGCAGAGACUAAGCGCCAGUCGGUCGCUAGCAGCAAAGUUGCUGCGAAGGGCCCGCAGCUUGCCGCGGACCUGAGCAAGGCUGUCGGAGUGAGGAUCCGAAUCAACACCACACUCCCGUCCCACACGGUGGAGGGCAUCGUCUUCGCGGUCGAUGCUGGCUUCGACGUCGUCGUACUUCGUGACGGAGCAAACUUCCGCGUCGUGCCCCUCGGCCAGAUUAACUCCUUCAAAGUGCUGGGAACAGCUAAGGAAGGCGAUGAAGAGCCUAUAACCAUUGGAAGAGUGGAUACGGAGGCGCUGAGGCAACGUGAGGCUAAGGCCAUUUUGGAGGCGAAGAAGGCGGAGGCAAACAUUGGCAAGGGCGUCACGAAGGAGGCACAGGAGUUAUACGACUACAUAAUGCGAACGCUGCCCGUGCGCUGGUCGGAGAAGAGAAUCGUCGUGUUGGACAGCGUGCUUGUCGAACCGCCAUACGGCGUCGAGAAUGUCAAGGCUCCGGGAAAUAAGAGUCAAGCAUUAGCACAGAUCCAAAGGAUCGUGGGCGGUUAUUGGCAGAAGAAGAAGUCGGGCACAUCUACGCCCGUGAAUAACGGCCCGCCGGCCAGAGCACCUGUGCCUGCGGUGCCGCUUGGGCAGAGGAAGGGUGGUUGAAACUCUCCGUCUGGAUUUGUUCGCCCUGUGGCUAUCCGCUCUCUCGCUCCUCGUCGGAACAGCAUGCGGCGGUUUUUCGGGGAGAUGUUCAAUGCUUUUGUCGCCGCAGGGUCACUCUUCACAGGCACAUAGUUUGGGCACGGGUUUAGCAGCGCGACCACCAACUUGUGAAGCAUAUUGCGUUAGCGAGGCGUCAUGGGACUAAUUAUCCAUCAUAUCAACACGAAAAAAUGAAGAUCUGGUGAAGGGGAGAACGUGCUCUCUCCGUUUGAACAACGUGUUCGCGCAGCAAACGGCGUUUCGCAUGAUCUCUUGC